GCAGGCGGGGGGGGCGUGGCUGGCGGGAAAACCGUGGGUUGCAGGUCGGGCGCGCGCUGGCGUCCCGGGGAUGGGGCUGCUGGAGGAGUGCCGCGAGGCUUUCGGCGCCGCGGACUUGUACCAGGUGCUGGGCUUACUCCGCAGCGCUUCGGCCGAGGAGAUCCGCCGCGGCUACCACAAGGCCUCCCUGCGGGUGCACCCGGACCGCGCCGACCCGGAGGACAAGGCGAAAGCCACCCGGCACUUCCAGAUCUUGGGCAAAGUGUAUGCCGUGCUGAGUGAUCAAGAACAGCGGACUCUGUAUGACCAGCAGGGGAUUGUAGAUGAGGAGUCGACUGUGCUGAGCCAGGACCGCAACUGGGAAGAGUACUGGAGGCUGAUCUUCAAAGAGGUGACUUUAAAAGAUAUUGAAGACUUUAAGAAGCAGUACAAUGAUUCUACAGAAGAGGUGGAGGACAUUAAAACAGCCUACAAGAACUGUAAAGGCGAUAUGGAACAAGUUAUGGCUAAAAUACUUUGUGCAGAUUAUACAGAUGAACCAAGAAUAAGGACGAUUAUCCAGCAAGCCAUUGACUUGGGAGAACUUCCAUUCUACAAAGCCUUUGCCAAAGAGUCUAAGCAAAAGAUGACUGCAAGAAAAAGGAGGGCUGAAAAAGAGGCUAAAGAGGCAGAAAAAGCCAGAGAAGACCUAGGUCUUGAUAAAGAUGAUGAUGUGAGAGCAUUAAUUCAGGUAAGGGUUGCAAAUGAGGACAGUUUUUGGCCAUUGCAUUGCCUUUGUGUAAAUAAUCUUUCUCAAAAGUAUACAAUUGUUAUUAAUGGUCUCUUAUCAAGAUAACUUGACAAAAAAAAGUUAGUGCCUUCCCCCAACGAUAUGUGCCGGUUGCUUGAUUUGUCCAGUAGUUACAGUAAAAGAUGAGGAGGGAGGUACCUUGGAAGGGUAUUGAAAAAGAUAACAAAACAGAACCACCUUGUUCAGAUACUGUAGAUGGCAAGCACACACAAAGAGGCGAGGACUGUUGUUUGCAUGCCUUUCUUGUGGAAUACAAUUGGCUGGCCUCUUUUGAAAAUAGAAUGCUGACUCAGAUGUACCCACAGCUCUAGUAUGUUUUUUUGUUUUCAGCCUAGCACUGUGGUCUGCACUAUCCCAUAAACAAGAUGGUGGUUUUGUCUGUAGCUCACUUGGAAUAAUCUUUCUCUUCCUUCCUGUGGCCUGGUUUCUGGUCCACCCCGGCAUUCUAAUAUUGUG